AUGGGGAUACAGGAGAUUUUGCGGGUCACUUGGCAGAUCAUCCAGGAUGGAGAAGUCGGCGAAGGCGGUGACCCCAAGCAGCCAGACCCAAUUCACACGGUUGGUCCGCAACGGGUGUUUACGGCACAAGUCAUAUUGACAUCGGUGUCAGGAAUCAGUCUAUUCCUACUAUUCUGCAUCAUGCGGUACCGGUGGCCACACAUAUAUGCCGUGCGUACGUUGCGACAUCAGGGCACGAAAUUGCUCAAGCCUUUGCCCGAUAACUUGUUUGGGUGGUUAAAAGUCGUGUACACGCUAACGGAUGAGGAGAUCAUUUCGUUUUCAGGGUUGGACGCCUAUGUCUUUUUGAAUUUUUUCAAGAUGGGCAUCAAGAUCUUUUUCACCUUGACGAUAUUUGCCAUUGGUGUUUUGAGUCCUAUUCGUUAUUACUUUACGGGCAAUUACGAUAAGGAGAGCCUAAGCCUAGGCCUAGAAUCUUCUUCCAAGCCAAGCAGACCGCCAGAUUUCAACGAUGAUUUCCCCAGAUUUCUUUGGGUAUACCCGCUCUUCACCUAUUUGUUUUCGAUUGUUGUGUUUGUUUUUCUUUACGAUUUCACCGACAAAGUAUUAAAGACUAGGCAAAAGUACUUGGCGUUGCAGGACUCGAUAACCGACAGAACGAUUCGGUUAGAUGGCAUCCCCAAAAAAUUGCUUCUGCGCGACAAGAUCAAGAAAUUCAUCGAGGAUUUGGGGAUUGGCAAAGUCGAGGAUGUCAAGUUGAUCUAUGAUUGGUCGCCACUACAGCAGGAGUUCAACAAGAGAAAGAAACUCAUAAGGAACCUUGAGUACUCGUAUGCCUCAGAGUACAAGUUGGACAUUGAUAUAUAUAACCAACAGCGGAUCCCGGCAGUGAACCCGAUCUGGAGCGAGCAGUUGGGUAACUCGCAGACGGAAGAUGGCAUUAUAGACAUGUCCAAAGAACUCCUCGAUAUUGAUUGCGAAAUAAAGCUGAUUCGAAGCAAGUUUGACGCCGACUUGACAACCAUCAAUCCCAAAGUCCAUCGAGAGUUUAAACAAGUACCCUCUGCAUUCAUCACCAUGGACUCGGUCGCCUCGGCGCAAAUGGCAGCCCAAACGGUGUUGGACCCUAGAGUGUACAAGCUCAUCGUUAGCCUUGCUCCAGCACCAAAGGACAUUAUCUGGCAAAAUUUGAGUUUGACCUAUGCUGAAAAGUUGCUCAAAUCUUACUUUAUCACCUUGCUAAUUGUCUUGAGUUAUGGAUUCAUCAUCUUUUUGGUGGUGCCCUUGACGUCGUUGCUCGAUUUGAAAACCAUUAGCAAGUUCUGGCCAGAAUUAGGGGAAAUCAUUGGCAGAUCCAAAUGGGCCACUACAUUUGUCACCGGUAUCCUUCCACCUUUGUUAUUCACCAUCAUCAACACGCUGUUCCCCUAUUUUUACCAAUACCUAUCUCGCAAGCAAGGAUACUCGUCAAACAGCGAAGUGGAAUUAUCAACAUUGUCGAAAAACUUUUUUUUCAUCUUUUUUAACUUGUUUUUGAUUUACAUUGCCGCGGGAACUUUUUGGGAUUACAUGUCAUAUAUUAGUGACACCACAAAGAUUGCCACUCAGCUUGCCACGUCGUUGCGGAGGAUGUCCCUUUUUUACGUGGACUUGAUCUUGUUGCAAGGUUUGACCAUGUUCCCCGUGAAAUUGCUACAAGUGAGCGAUUUUCUACUCCUCAACAUACUCGGCAAAUUGUUCUUUUUCAAAAAAUUGAUUUUAAAGACCCCAAGAGACUACCGAGGCUAUUAUUUCACGCCCCAGGUGUUUGACUUUGGCAUUAACCAACCGCAGCACAUUAUGAUUUUCAUGAUUAUUCUCAUUUACUCCGUGGUGUCAACCAAGAUUGUCACUUGCGGACUCAUAUACUUUAUCUUGGGGCUCUUUGUUUACAAGUACCAGUUGGUGUACAACUUUGUCCACCCGCCACAUUCAACGGGGAAAGUGUGGCCAAUGAUUUUCCGUCGUGUCGUGUUGGGCUUGGUUAUUUUCCAGCUUUUCAUGAUUGGAACGUUGGCGUUGGAUAGUGCCAUCUUGUUGUCGCUCUUGUGCAUUCCAACCAUCAUAGCUACAAUGUGCGUGUGGUACAAUUUUGAAAAGUACUACGUGCCAUUGAGCGACUUUAUUGCCCUUCGUGCCAUCUUGAACCCCGACAAUUUUGAAGAGGUGUUUGACAAUGACGAUAACCUGUUUAGCUCGGGUGAUAACCAGAGCGAGUCCAAUUUAAACCUGUCUGAUGAUUCAAACAACAAUGAUGGGCCUGUCGAUGAGUCGACUUUUCUCAAUGAUGGAGAACAUAACCACCGGCGCUACACCACCGUCCCCACCCCUACCCCAGAAUCUAGAAGGGAUAGAAGAGAAUCGACGCUUGAUGAAGAGCGUGAGCAGUUUACUGAUUACACGUAUCCGCCGCUCAUUGAACCCUUGGAUGGCCCAUGGGUCGGGUUCACGGGAAACAUCGUGUCCAUGGUGGAGUAUAGGUUUAACGCGCUGGAUAUUUUGGAGAAUGGCGAUGGCAACGGCAACUGCACAGAAACCGAGGACGUUAACGGCGAGGUGUCGAGAGUCUUGACAAGAAAAGAGACGGAGACUAUCGUCGAUAAGAAGUUGGCUGUUAGUGAGUGGGAAUAA